UAUAAAACUCAAAAAUGAAAGUUAAAGACAAAAGGGCAGAUCAACUCAACAGAAAGAAAGCCAAAUAUAAUAAUAUAUUCUCCGUAGCAAAAGCAGCAAGACUGUAGGAAGAAACAGCAAUGGCAUCCCUAAUCAUAUUAAACAAACUAAAUAAUUGCAAGAACACAAACUUGUCUUUCCAGCUAGGAAUGCGCAGGAGACACAAUCAGAUUUCUUAUUAUCUUGAUGGCGAAACCUCGAUCUAAAUUCAGAUGGGGCUUAAUAUUUUGGAUUUUUCUUGUGUUAUUUUAAGUGGGUCUUUCUUUUUUAUUUGUAGUCUUUAAUUUAAAGCAAGCAUAGCUAUGGUGAGGGGAUGCAGUGAUAUGCCGGAGGCUGUAUUGGAGGAAAUAUUUUCAUGGCUACCUCCUGAUUCUUUAAUAAGUUUCAAAUGUGUGAGUAAAUCCUGGUAUGGUCUUAUCAAAUCACUUGUCAAAAACUCAAUUUUCGUGAACAAGCAUCUUCGCAAUAUCAACAACAAGUUGUUGUCUUCUGCUACAAAUUUAGUUUUCUGUUGCCAUCGACCUGGUUAUUGCCCAGAUCCGAGAUUGGAAUUUUUGGGUCCUUUUGAACUGUACUCAAUGCUUACUAUAUUUAAUGAUGAUAACACGAGUGAUCGCCUAAAUUACGUAAGUGAAGAUUUUGAUUUACCCAUUCCUUCAGCUGAGUUGGAUAUGGCUAGUGUGUUGGGGUCUCACUGUAAUGGAAUCAUUUGUAUUGCUGAUUAUUAUCAAACUGUAAUGUUAUGCAACCCUGCAAUCAAGGAAUGCAGGACUCUUCCAAAACCUUGUCUAUCUAAUGAUGGCUUUGUUGUGUUAGGAGCAGGAUUUUGCUAUGAUUCUAGAGCAAAUGACUACAAGGUCAUUAGGUUCGGGAUCGAUAGGUUUCUUCCUGAUAGGAUAGAGAAUCCGAAACCCAGAGCUGAUAUGUACAGUAUGGGCAGUGAUUCUUGGAGAGAGAUUGAGAUUCAUUUGGAGUUCAAUCGCUUUCCAUCUCGUGACAAGCAAGUUUUCUGCAAUGGAGUUUUCUAUUGGUCUAUGUGGGCUCGUAAGUACUUUAUCAUUUCUUUUGAUGUAUUUGGUGAGGUGUUUCGCAACAUACCGUUGCCAGAUAGUCUUCAAUUCGAUCGCCUUAAAUUAGCUGUUUGGAAUGAAUCUGUUGCUUUGUUUUCGUAUCCUGAAAAUAGAGGGGUUUCAAUUUCAAUUUCUAUUGAAGUUUGGGUAUUGGAUGACUGCCAUGGAGGUGUUAAGGGGUCUUGUUUUUGGAUAAAGAAACUAGUUGUUGGACCACUGGUGAACAUUGUGACUCCAUGGACAUUCUGGAAGAGUGAUGAGCUCCUGUUGGAAGGAAUUGAUGGUGGGUUAGUCUCGUACAACCUCGACAGCCAAUUGCUGAGAAAUCUUACAGUUUCGGAGUUUGGAAGAAUAGGGCGUUGGGAUUUUUCAUAUGUGAAGACUUUGGUUUCAGUUGAAGGAAACAGGGGAAGUCUCUGCUUUGCAAUUCACCAAUGAUGAUAGAUUCAAAGACCAGAUGGUGGUAGCUUUCAAUUCUGUUGGUCAGAGCUAUUUUGUUAACAACACACCGAGCAUCCAAUUCUUGAUAUCUUCUGCACUAAGCCCUUCUCUCGAAGCAAACAUCAAAGCUGACAUAUCAUGUUUCUCACUUGAUGAGAAGCCAAGAAACUCGAAUUUCUUAUCACCAAUAACUAUACCUUCUCUCAAAAUGAUAAGUAUCCUAUCAUAAACUCUUGUGCACUUUUUCUCAUUUGAAGAACUUGGACUCGUCGAAAAAUCAUUCCAAUGCAUCUUAUCGAAGUCUUCAUCAACAAAAGUGACACGAAGAAAGUUUUCGAUAUCAUUUGGAUAAUUACACAACACGCUAUUGCAGAGUUUUCCCUCAGGCUCAGGACCAGUGAAGUAAACUUUUGUGGGUGUUAUUUGAACCUGGUGUAAGUACACUAAAUCUUUAUCUAAAUGUAAUUUAGGAAUCCAUCCACUCUUUUUGUACUUCUUAUAUUGUUUAGUAAUCCAUUUAAGUGGCUCGUAGCAGCAUUCCUUGCGUUGAAAGAGUUUGUCAAGCGCAGACUCUAUGUAUUCAAUCUUUAUUCUACUUGGAUCGACUAACUGAAAAAACUCGAGACCAAGUGUCUCUCCA